AAUUCUUCCCAGCCUCACCAAACAGCUUCUGCCAGCACAACAACAAAACAGAGUACUUUUUCAAGCAAUUCGCACAUCUCCUCACGCUUUCUCCGAGAGGACACGCAUCGAAUAUCUCAGAGGAUCACAAAGUACACCGUCUAUCAGCAAUCAGGACAUCUCUCGCAGCUCUCCAUCAACACAAUGCCUCCUCGAACACCCCGCAGAACGCGCCAGCGACAUCACAACAGCUCAGAGUCUCACGCCCAACCAGCCCCCGUACAAGCAUCUGACUACGACUCUGAAGCCUUUUACAACGAGCCGGCUCCAGAACGAACAAGAGACCAGAUCAACGAAUCCGUCAUAAGAAGAUAUGUCCCUUCACUCAACCACAUCGUCGCGAUCGCACCGAACGCAGUCAUCUACACCUUCGCAGCAGAUUCAGGCAACUGGGACAAAGCCAACAUCGAAGGCUCGAUGUUCGUCUGCCAGCUCGCACCUUCACCUGUUACGGGCGGUACACGCCAUUGCAUAAUCGUGCUGAACAGGAAGGGGAUGGAGAAUCUGAUUAUUGAGUCGGGCGAGAUUGAGGAUGUAGAGAUUAAGGACGAUAUUCUGAUCCUGCGGUUCCAGUCUCAUGAGGAGAUCAAGACGAUGGGCGUUUAUAUACAUGGAGAUCAGUUUAAUUCAAGAGAUUACAUCUGUCAGUUGGUGAGGGCACAUUGGGAGACGGCGAUGGAGGAGAGGACGGAGGUUGGGAGUGAGGAGUAUGAUGAGGAGGUUUUGCAGAGUAUUGAGGCGCCGGAGGAGAAUAGGCCUAUGGGUAGGAGGAUCAGUUUAUCGGAGCUGUUUGGGCGACGAGAACAGACUGAGGAUGAGGAGUACUAUCAUCACUGAGGCUGGGUUGGAGAUGCCAAUCUACCUUUGCUUGCACUUCGCAUGAAAAAUUGUUCCCGAGGCCGUCUGGGGGAGUAGGAGUGUUGGACGAGGGAGGACAAGCUGGAGGAUAUACACGAUUUCAUCGCGAAGAUACCCAAUAUGCUCAGCUCUACGAAUUGAUGACCACUCGAGCAAGCACUCCGUCUGGCAGACAAGUGCCAGGAGACUCAUGACAGAGGACUCAGAGGU